AUGAAUGAAAAGUUCAUCCAGUUUAGAGAAAAAUUCACAAAGAAAUCGAAGGAGAUCGAGAAGCUUGAAAGAAAACAGAGAAGAGAAGAUGCGAUCAAAAAGGCAAAAGAAAAGAAGCUCGUUGACUGUAUUAUCGCCUCUGGAGUUACCUUUGAUAUUCCAGAAGAGGACAAGAAGCAAGAUGAUUACAACGAGGAAUCUGCCAAUGUCAUAAAAGCGAUAGUGACAUUCGUUUAUCCCGAGCAUACGACGUCGGAUUUCAUUGAAUCGUUUGCUGAAAACGUGACGACGUACGAAAUGAUCUCGCACAUGUUUGCCGAACCUGCGACUUGGGAUAAGGAGGGCAAAUACAAUGUGGACGGAGUGAAUGUCUGGAUUGAAAACCGAACGCUAGAAAAGCUCAUGAAAGUCGACUUGGGAGCUCCGCUCAAUAGCGUACUCCGCAUGAAAAACGUGGUCGUCUAUGGCGGCUGCCCAAAUCUCAUCGUGACGGCGCGCGGAAGCCCCUUUGAGAAGCACUUUCUGGGCAAAUAUGGACUCAAAUAA